AAGCCAUGUUGGCCCCAGGGGCCACUCCGGCCUGAGCCCGCCUGGCCUGGCGCGCCGCCCAGCCCCCCUCCCAGGGCCCCCUCCUGCGGCGCCGACCGAUGGGGAGCCGCUUGGGCCAUGCGCCCGCCUCGGCCCCCGCGUGCCGCGACGGAGCCGCGGGCAUCCGGGCCGGCACCCUCCUGGCGCCGGGCGGGGCACGCGUGCAUCGCGCUCUACGGCCUGCUGGUCCUGCUCCUGCCGCUGCAGCGGAGCGCGCGCGGCGAGGCCGCCCUGCCGUCCAGGCUCAGUGAGCGGGAGCCCUCUGAGAAUCGAAGAACAGGGCGGGGGCGGGUGGACCGGUGCCUUCGGCCGGGGGCCCGCCGCGCGCCGCGGCGGCGGCGGCCGGGGAGGCCGCGGAGGACCUGCCGCCGGCGAGGCCGCGGAGGCUCGGCCCGGUCUGCGCGCCGCGCCCGAGCACCCCAACGUUAGUCGGCCGGGGGGAGCCAGCGUGACGCGGGCGCCGCCGGCUGCCGCGGAGGCCCCCGCGGCUUCAGCCGCCAGCGUCAUCAAACGGCACGGCAGGCCCUGCAGGCGGCCUGGCUGCGGUGCCGGGAGACCCCGCCGAAGGAGCGAGCGACUUGGCUGCAGCUUCGGCGCCCCCCGACGCCCGCGCCGGCCAGAUCCCGGCGUCAGCACCUGCUGAUCCUGAUGCAGUGCCGCAGGCGUGCACCAAGUCCAACUCCAGCGACCCAGCAGUUUGUCAGAAAACACGCGGGUGCUUGUGGCACUUGGGGGCAUGUGUCAGGGCGGCACGGGUGCCCGCAGCAGACCCCCAGACGACGUGCAACGACGGUUUCCGGGCGGUGACAUGUUUUGAUCCAUCUAAGUGUUCUGAUGGCGUCGGUGGUCCAACGCCUGACUCUCGGUGGGCAUUUGUUUACACGCACUCCCUGGAAAUUGCAUUUGAUGGGCUCAAGAACGAGACUCUGCUGCCCCUAGUAAGGUAUGCCCAAAAACUACAGAACACCGAUGUGGUACUCGUAGUUCCUAAGAAAGGGGCGCCUCUGUACAAUGUCCACUCCAGUCCUCCUCAAAAGCGUAGAGGACGGCACGCAUCAGGCCUAACCGACGAGCAGAAGGUCGGUCUGGCAAGACAAAGUGUGCGUGUCUAUGAGGUCAACUUUCUUUACCCACCUGACAUGAGAUUUGAAGGGAAAGCCGCAAAGUGUUUGGGCAAGGAUAUGUUCCGAAUUCACGUGUUUGGCCUGGAAGAGUACGCCGCGGUGGCUUAUUUCGACACCGACACGCAACUGACCGGGAGGGGUGACUUCAGCCAGGUUAUGCGGUGCGCUGCCUCGAAGAGCAUGUUCAUCAGUACCAGUGGGCCGAUGAGCCCACUGAACUUAGGCUUCAUGGCCUUCAGGCCGAGCAGGCUCCUGAAGGAGGCGGCCGUUCGGCUCGCCCAGCUCGCGAACUUCAACAUGGUGACCGGCUGGGGCAACGCGGGGUUCGCACCCACCAACAGGUGGUUCACCGGCGCGGAGUGCGGCCAGGGCUUCGUGCACACCCUGCUAUACAAGACCGCCUCUGCUGCGGUUCUGCAGGCCGUAAGGGAGACUGGGGCGUUGCUGCCGACAGCCGUGCAGGUGGACCGCUGCGUCUGGAAUCACCAGCACGAUGGCCCGUGCAAAAAUGGCGGAUGUUCCAACAUCCGACUGAUACACAAGGAAGGUUGGUCCAAGUGCAAGAAGAUGAACGUCUCCGAGUUGUCCGCCCGCAGGCUUGCCGAGCGAUUCAGGUGUUUCGAGGGCGUGGGGAGCGACAGCUUGGACGACGAUGCGGGGCACGACGAUGAGCACAUUGCUACAAUCGCGGAGGCCAUCGUGCAAGGUGCCGCGUGAGUGAGCCGCCCGUCUUCUGCAGGGAUGUUGGCCCCUCUUCCUGUUCCUCUUCGCCCGCCCGCUCGCUCGCUCGCUUCACGGCGGCCUGCUGCUGACCCACGCAGGAGGAGUGCGCGUUGGUGUGGCACUUGCCCACGGACACCCUGCCGAAGCAAGGCAGCACGACCGCGGCGGCUCUCGUGAGCCCCACGACCUGUGAGAUCACCAGUCUUGGAGAAAACAGCACGUCACGAGCCACUGCGCCGAGCCGCUUGUUGCCCACCCCUUCCUGCUGCGGAGUUGGGUUCCCGUUUUGGAGCACCGCUGCCUCCUCCUGAUUCC